AUGCAAAUGGCGAACGUGCUGGCCUCGGACCUUGCCGCUAUCCCGAAUCAAGAUUGUUUUCCCGAGGUUCCAGUACAUUUCUCGUUCAUGGAUAUGACUGGGAGGACAGUCACGGAAGCGGCGGGCUUUACGGGCGUUGCGAACCGAUUCGCAAGCUUCGAGAGGAGCCCGUCUCUGCAAGAGGUGCAGGGCGAGGCUUCCCGGGGCGAUCUCUCGCGCAGCGAGGUGUCACGCCUUCAAUCAGGAGGUGACAACGUGGCCGAAGGUGCGACAGAGGAUCCAGCGGCCCGCGUCCCGGAGACGCCGCCGAAGUUGAAGCUGCCAACCUCUCCGGCAGGUUCAGCCAAGAGGAUGUCUGCCGCUCCACCAACGGCGGCCGCUACCGCAGCAGCACCACAAUGCUGGAGUAUGUUGCCCACGACGAUGGCAGGUUCAGGUGCGCCUACCACCGAUGUGAGGGUAAAGCCUAUCCCUGUGAUCAGUUGCCCAGCCGGCUCUGCAAUGUCCGGGGCCUGCGGCGGUGCUCUUCAGCCAGGAACAGUGAAAAUGAUCAGUGAGCCCGUGGUACAACCGCCGUCGCUCCUCUCCUCCGGGUAUCUCUACGGCCGGCCCCGGCCAGUGGCCCACUGA